AUGCCUAAAUCACGAUAUCGAAACGUUGAGGAAGCACAGCCAGAACGAACGAGGAAAUCCGCAUAUGCUGAGAAAAAUGCCGCCAUAGUCGAAGGGGACAAAGAUGAGGGGCACGAAGCUGCACAGACAUCCGACCGUUCACACAUCGAUGAGUUGAUUGUCACUGGUCGUGGCUUUGAAGCUGUCAAGGCAAUUGCCUCUGUUAAAGACAGGAUCGAUGACAAAACAUCGGUAUGCCUUUUGAACGAAGGCAUAGGGGUUCUCGAGCAAGUCCGAAAACAUAUACUCGACGGAACACAACCUGAACCAAAGUUUUUCUUGGGACAUAUGAGCCACGCAUUGGUAUUCAACCGGAAUCGGGACUCCGUCAAACAAUUAAAGGCCGGGCGAACAAUUCUGACCAGCGCCAAUGAGACACCAGACACAUCAAAGGAGUUACAUGUAUCUCUUGGCGAGCCUGCAUUGAUGCAAUCACUAAAACACGCCCAGUUGCUUCAGUCAGACUACAGUACCUAUGACCAAUGGCUUCGGUUCAAACUACCCUCCCUGAUGUUUGCCGCUGCUGUUGAGCCCGUGUGCGUGCUUCUCGAUUUGCCAUACAACGGUCUGACGACGAAUCGGUCAGGGCAAAAGAUGAUGAACCAGCUGUUGGGAGAGAUGGCUCUGGUGACAGAAAGUCUGCCAGAAGUUCAGGGCUCACCAGAUCUGAUAAAAUUCCUUCGUGGCGAAGGUCUUAAAAAGUUCUGCUAUCGUCGUAUCACAGGCAAGGCCAAUGCCCCAAGUGAGCUGCUUAUGCGCAUCAACAAGGGUUUGCAGACCGAUAUAAACUACCAGAACGGGUUCUUUCUGAAUCGAGCCGAGACUCUUGGCAUUGACACACCUACAAAUAAAUUGAUAGUACAUAUGAUCAAGGCAAGGCGUCAAGAGGCAAUAGAGAAGAGGAAAUCAUUUAUACCAGUGGAGGAGACAUCGGCUACAGAAAUUAGAGAGCGGGCGCGGCGCCGUGGAUUGCCAAGAGCCAAUUUCACAUAA